GGGGUCAGGCCUGCUGGGGAGACCGGACUGGAGGCUGCUAAUAAGCCUCGUGCUGGCAACGGGGCCAACUUACUGCAAAAUGAAGCUGCUUGUCUGUGCUGUCCCCCUCCGGGCGCUUGCCAGGCAGGCAGCCACCUGGAAGCAUCUGGGGCCCAGGAGCUCCCAGCGUCCCAGGGAGAGAUGCUGGGCUUCCAUGAAGGCUGUUGAAACCAGGUCUGAUCUGCUGUCUCAACCCUGUGUCACUGGAAGGAUCAUGCGACCGGAUGAUGCCAAUGUGGCUGGCAAUGUCCACGGUGGGACCAUCCUGAAGAUGAUCGAGGAGGCAGGGGCCAUCAUCAGCACCCGACACUGUAACAGCCAGAAUGGGGAGCGCUGUGUGGCCGCCUUGGCCCGCGUCGAGCGCACCGACUUCCUGUCGCCCAUGUGCAUUGGUGAGGUGGCGCACGUCAGUGCGGAGAUCACCUACACCUCCAAGCAUUCCGUGGAGGUCCAGGUCAAUGUGAUGUCCGAAAACAUCCUCACAGGUACUAAGAAGCUGACCAAUAAGGCCACCCUGUGGUAUGUGCCCCUGUCACUGAAGAACGUCGACAAGGUCCUGGAGGUGCCUCCAGUCGUGUAUUCCCGGCAGGAGCAGGAGGAGGAGGGCCGGAAGCGGUACGAGGCCCAGAAGCUGGAGCGCAUGGAGACUAAGUGGAGGAAUGGGGACAUCGUCCAGCCUGUCCUAAACCCAGAGCCGAACACCGUCAGCUACAGCCAGUCCAGCCUGAUCCACCUGGUGGGGCCUUCCGACUGCACCCUGCAUGGCUUUGUGCAUGGAGGCGUCACCAUGAAGCUCAUGGACGAGGUGGCUGGCAUUGUGGCUGCGCGUCACUGCAAGACCAACAUAGUCACUGCCUCCGUGGACGCCAUUAACUUCCAUGACAAGAUCAGAAAAGGCUACGUCAUUACCAUCUCUGGACGCAUGACCUUCACGAGCAAUAAGUCCAUGGAGAUCGAGGUCUUGGUGGACGCCGACCCCGUGGUGGACAACUCGCAGAAGCGCUACCGGGCUGCCAGUGCCUUCUUCACCUACGUGUCCCUGAGCCAGGAGGGCAAGUCGCUGCCCGUGCCCCAGCUCGUGCCCGAGACCGAGGACGAGAAGAAGCGCUUUGAGGAAGGCAAAGGGCGGUACCUGCAGAUGAAGGCCAAACGGCAGGGCCGGCCAGAGCCCCAGCCCUAGGGGCCGCCCCCGCGCUGGGCCUGGAGUAGCCCCAGUGUCUAGUCACUUAGAAUUCACCCCCUUGGCCAAAAACCCAAUCCACACUGAGAGCUGGUGUUGUGUGAAGUGUUCGUCUUGCAGUGUUAACCUGUGCUCUCUCCUGGAAACCUACACACCAAAGCUUUAUUUCUAUCACUCCGGUGUAAGCGCUCCCUAGGGAAUGCUUGCGUGCAUACUAUACGGUGUGUAAAGAAUCCAGCGUCACUAAUAAAGCUGCUGUUUGGCUGGA